AUCGUCGUCCUCAAGUUUCUAUUAGGGUUCAUAGGAGACGAAGGAACAGAGUUAAUCGAGAAAGCAUUGAGAUUCCCUUUCUCUAACAUUCGUCUCUGGUUUUCCAAAAUCUAAUGGAUAUAAUCAGUCACUUACCUGACGAUGUCCUAUUGAAGAUUUUGGCAUGCCUUCGGACAAAAGAUGUUAUGCGAACUAUGCUUUUGUCCAAACGCUUCAAGUCUCUCUGGAUGUAUGUACCAAAACUUGAAUAUGAUGAUACCACUCACUUUCCUAGACCUCGGUAUGAUUAUAGAAUAUUUCGGCAGUUUGUGGACAGAUCUUUGAUGUCAUUCAAAGGUCAGGUUCUUCAAAGUCUGUAUCUCAGACUAGGUAGAGGGUUCACAGGUGGAGAUGUUGCGAUUUGGGUUAGAAGCGCGUUGAAACGUGGUCUAGUUGAGCUGAAACUCGAAUAUUCGUACGAUUACAAUCCCAGGCCUCAAAUUUUUCCAACAAGUCUAUAUACAACAUGUGAAACGCUUGUGGUUUUACAACUUGUAGAUAUUGAUUUGAAUGUUCCUGACCUUGUUUGUCUAAGGUCUCUCAAAUCUUUAUCCCUCAAAUAUGCGAAUUACUCUGACCCGCAUUCUUUAGUUAGACUUUUGCUCAAUUGUCCUGUUCUUGAAGACUUGUUCAUACUAAAAGGACCUCAUACCAAUGGUCUGAUUUUCAAGAUUGUAGUGCCUUCCUUGAAGAGUUUAUCUUUAGAUUAUCUUGGAAUGAAAGAACUUGAGCUAGUUGCACCUUCUUUGAGAUACCUGCACAUUUUAGAUCGUUCGCCUGGCCUUUUAGUUAGCAAGGGUUUUAACUUCAGUCAGGUGGUUAAGGCCAAUUUUGAUAUUAUUCUUAGCGGACCCGAGAAGCUUCUGCAUUCUCUUGCUUCAGUCGAGCAUCUUCGUUUAUGUUUAUCAGCUUCAGAGGUUGAGUAUCCUGUUGGUAUUUGCUUCCAUAGACUCAAACAUUUGGAGGUAUGUACAUGCAAAUCAGAGUGGUUCGAUUUGUUCAUGCAUCUGCUCGAAGAUUCACCUACCUUAAAGGUUAUCAAAAUCAAUCAGUGUCAUCCCGCUGCUAAGGUGCGGCCUUAUUGGAAUCAACCGAGCUCUGUUCCAAGAUUUAUGUCCUCUAAUCUUGAAAUUUUGGAGUGGAUCAAAUACGAAGGAGUGCAAGAAGAGCAAGAGCUUGCGACAUAUAUCUUGAAAACCGCGGUUUGUCUAAAGAAAGCGAGUUUCAUCGCUAAAUCCAAUGAUGACAAGACGAAACUGCAGAUGCUUCAGGAGUUAUCCUUGUCGCGAAGGGCCUCAUCCACGUGUGAGCUUCUAUUCAGCUGAAAUAUUCAUGCUAAUCAGUGAUCACUCUUAGAUCAAAAACAUGU